CGACUACCAGAGCGAGGCGGCUGGCUGGACUGCAAUCAGCUGCCUGUGCGCGGCCGACCCCAACGCCACCGCCGCCGCCUUUCGCGACGAACAUGCCACUGGCUGGCCAACGCGACGGGCCUCCGCCUGAGGAGGACCUCUCGGCAGGCCAUCGUCAUGGGGUCACCUCCGUCGUGCUCGGCCUCAUCAUCUCACACCGUCAUUAGUGCGUUAAUGCCCUCGAACAACAAAGGACAGUUUGGAAGCUCACAUUCUCAAAAGUUUUCAAGAUCCACGCUGCUGUACAAAAAACAUUCCGUGUUGUAUGGUGCACGAGAACACAGUGUUAAGGGUCGAAGAAACACACACUUUGCUAGUUUAAAAAUAUUUAAUGCAAGCAUGGGGACUAAUAUCCUUUCAUUAGAAGAACAUUUACAUGGAUUUUCCAAUUAUUUCUUAUAA